UUGAAGGCAGCCUGUGCUGAAUUCAUGGCUAUGACUCUCUUUGUGAUAAUCGGGUGCGGAACUGCAUGUGGUAAUGGCGCGUUCGACGCGUCAUCGCGAUACAUGGUAGCUUCCGCCUUUGGGAUGGGGAUCUUAGUUCUUGCGUAUGCCACCGGGCAUCACAGUGGCGGGCAAAUCAACUGCGCUGUCACUCUCAGUCUUGUUCUCGGCGGGCAGGUUCCCUGGUUCCAAGGCCUUGCAAACUUCAUAGCACAGAUGUUGGGCAGCGUGCUCGGUGCGAUUAUCCUCACCUGGAUUUUUCCUUGCGAAAUGGAUAUGACCAACAGUCUGGGAACCAACGUUGUAAACCCUGCUUUCGGUUACGGCGCAGCCUUUUCUGGGGAGGUCGCCAUGACCUUCUUGCUCUGCUAUGUGGUCUGGGAAACUGCCGUGACAGCUCGCUGCGGGCAGGCAGCCUGCAUUCCUAUCGGUUUUGCCGUCUUCCUGGCGCACGUCGUGUUGCUGCCCAUCGAUGGUUGCUCUAUCAACCCCACCCGCUCCUUCGGCCCGGCCGUCAUCUCUAGCAUGCGAGGUUGUCCCAAGUACAAGCCCAGGCACGCGUGCAACUCUUGCUUCGAUCUCUCUCACUUGCAUGCAGCGGUGAUCUUUGGGUCAUGUUCGUUGGACCACUCUUCGGCGCCUCCCUGGCAGCUGCCGUGCAGGUUUGCUUGUGCGAGAGAGUUAACCAGCAUAUGACGUUGCGCUACAAGAUUGUCUUUGUGAAGCACGUGCACACCAUCUCUGCCAUCCGUGAGGCUGCAGCCAACCCCGGCAAGUGGGCGCAGGUGAAGCAGCUUCCCCUCUUGAUGCCGUGACUGAACCCUUUGCCAGCUUGCUGAAGUCGACGAGCCGACAAACCAGUCACCUGAGAAAUCCAUGCCGCCAGGCCAAGCUGCCUAAGCCAAGAGUGUCCUUUGUAGAAGAGGUCCGGAUGGCACCUCGCUUGUCUGUUAAAAGUAACUUAGAAGCCAUCUGAUUACAUGCCGCAAACCCUUC